AUGGCUGAACCCACCUCGGCCCUCUGCUUUUCCGCCUUCUCCAGCUCGAUCCCUUUCGCUAAGGAGUCGCCGUUAUCGUCUCCCCCGACCUUCUCUUUUGCUUCGCGCAGAUUCCCCUCGCAGCUCGAUCGACGCCGAUCGCCGCCGCUAGGGUUCUCCUUGAAAGCAUCCGGGUCGGCCCAUUUCCCCGGAGAUGACGAUUUCGGGCUCUACCCGUGGGAAAAUCUGGAUGCAGCUGAAUCUUAUGUGCAGUGGGUUUCAGAGGACAGAGUGACAUUGUUUACUUGUGAUGGUCUGAUCCAAAUUGGCGGGAAUCUUGUUCCGCGUCGGGUUUCUUCGGCCGACAAGAAACAAGGGAAGGCGAAAGUAUCUCAAAGAUCUCUACGGUUUCAAGAGAGCAAUUACAUGGAUCCAAAUCAAAGCCUAUGCUUGGGUGCACUUUUUGACAUUGCAGCAACUAACGGUCUUGAUAUGGGUAGGCGUCUCUGUAUUUUUGGCUUCUGCCGCUCGAUUGAGAUGCUUUGCGAUGUCGUGGAGGACACUGUUUUGGAGCAUGGUGGAGAGGUAGUUGUGACAGCCGAGAAGGCGACGAAGGAGGGUUUGCACGAAAAGCUAAAAAUGACUGUUGCAGUGCCGUUGCUUUGGGGGGUCCCACCGGCUUCAGAGACUCUUCACUUUGCGGUUAGGAGUGGGGGUGGGAUUGUGGACAAGGUUUAUCGGCAAUGGGACUUCCUGUAG